AUGGAUAUCCUCAUCGAAUUCCAACGCGUGGGCUCCGAUGCAUAUUUACGCUGGGUGUUUAAAGCCAACAGUAGUGAAGGUUAUACAAUCGUACAUACUGAAGAACAUUUUAAAGGAAUUGCUGAAAGCAAAGUGAAACCAGGUGAAUUUUAUGCAGUUUCGUCGAGUGAAGGACUAAUUAAAUAUUCAUCAGCUGGACUCAAAUUAAAAAUAAUUGGCCCUGAUAUUCGAGAGUUUCCAAACGGCGCUAAUAAUCCAGCAGGCCAACUUGUUAUAAAUAAUCUUGCACGACCUAUAGAUUUCACAUUAGAUCCAUUUGGUAACCUGUAUAUUGCUGAAGGCGGCAGAUAUUAUGUAUCACGAUGGAGUGUCAAAGAUCGAAGACUGAAGGUGAUUGCCGGUGUUAAUGAUAAAGAUGGAGAUGAUGCUGAGCAUUUGUAUUCCCCAUUCAAUAUAUUCCUCGAGUCCAAGCACAGUUUAUACGUCUCGGAUUACACCAAUCAUAGAAUUCAAAAGUUCGAAUUUGAAGGUGGUGACCUAUGGUGUUAG